ACUACACCUAACAUGCGAAAUUAAACUAUCAUCAGACAUUACAUUUUAUUUAGCAUUAAUGUAAGUUUAAAAAUAUAUAGUGACCUUGUGACAACCAAGCCAAAAUAAAUGGUAAGUUAUGAUUGAUAUGUUACAAAAUGUUUUUUCUGAAUUGAAAGAAAUUAGACGCUACUUAAUUAAAGUUGGUCCAAGUAAACGCAAAGGGAAUUUAGUUGCAAAGAAAUUAAGCGAGGCAAAUAUAUUAUUUAGUCAGUAUACCAGUAUUAAAGAGCAUUUGUCUGUAGAGAUAGGAAAGGGUAAUAUUGGAAAAGAAGACGCAAUAUUAAUUAAUAAAUUCUCAGUAGAUUUUAUAGACUUAUACAAAGAAAUUACGGAUUUGUGUACAGUGCAAGAAGAAAGUAUGUCUGAAAAUAUGGAUACUUUUAAUUUGAAAACGGCUCUGUCCUUAAUGCCACAAAUGACUGAUGACGAAGAAAGUAUUAAGUGUUUAAUUGACAACCUUGAAUAUUAUGCGUCCUUGCUAAAAAGUAACGAUUGUAAAAAGAAUUUAAUAUUGUUCAUACUGAAAAGUAGAUUGUCUCAAGCAGCUAAAUUAAAAUUGAAAUCAUCUUACGAUGCGGUAGAUAGUUUAAUAACUGAUAUGAAACAGGUUCUUCUUCCACAAAAGUCAGCAACUGCAAUCCAAAACAAGUUGCAGCAGAUUAAGCAGAAUGACAUGUCUAUUCAAGAUUAUGGCAAAGAAAUCGCAGAAUUGUUUGUAGAACUUACGAUUUCGCAAGCAGAAGGCAAACCCGAAAACUACAACGUUUUAAAGCCAUUAAAUGAAAAGAUGGCAACCAAGCGAUUCGCGGAUGGCUUACGAAAUCGUAGGCUCAGUACCAUCAUUGCAGCUAGGAACUUCACAUCCCUGAAAGAUGCCAUCCAAUCCGCCAAGGACGAGGAGACGUCAUCGGCUACACCAGUUGAAGAAGCAAUGCGUACGUAUAGACCCCAUAAUAAUUAUUCUCACAGGAGCCGACAAGGACAUCGAGGCGGACCAAGAGGUCAAUACAACACGAGAGUAUAUUCGAAUAGAAACUCCCGUGGUAACCCAAAUUCGUAUUCAACGAGACAACAUCGUGGAGGACCCAGCGGUUUUCAGCAUGCACCACAAAGAGGUAAUCAUUCUAGAUACCCUAGACCGUCUCGCGGAAAGUAUAAUAAUUAUAGUGCACGUGGAAACCAGGGGAUGCGUGGAGGACAAAUGCGUGUAAUGUCAGAUAGUGUCAAUUCACAAAAUCGAAAUAACCACGAAAAUGAAAACACAUUUUUUCGUGACUAA